GAGUGACAGACAAGGAAAAAAACAGAGAGGAAAGAAACAGAAUUGAAAUCCAUAGAACUACUUUCUUUCUCCCUUCAAUGGCCUUCGUCCCUCAUUUCUACACUGACUAUCAAUUUUCGCCUCAGGAAUUCUCCGAUAUUAAUUCGGUUAUGGCUCAAGAAAACUACGGGAAUAAUGCAUUUGCUGGUGGUGCAAUCUCUACUGCUUGUGCAAUGAUGGGACGUGAACAUAAUCACCGCAACAACCUUCCAAUAUUUUAUGAUAAUAUUAAUGAUAAUGGCGCCCUUGAGGGUUUUCCUCCGGAGUCUACUGAUGUUUUCUCGCGGCUUCCAGCUGUGACCACCUCCUUCGCCGACCAACUCGGCGUUUCCGACGUAGCUGUUCCUUCAUUGAUUGAUCACUACAAAAUGGGUUUUAGCAGCAUUGCUAAAAUUCAAAAUCUUGGUGGCGGUUUUCAGUAUAAUUCUGGUCCUUUUGAGUUUGGAGAUGAUUGUUGUGAGUUUCUGCAAAAUUUUAAGUCCAUCUGCCCUGAUUCUCGAGAAACUUGGGGAAUUCAAUGCAAUCAAAUGCCAGCCAUUGAACACAGCAAUAUAAAAGUUGGACGUUACACAGUUGAAGAAAGGAAAGAUAGAAUUCUUAGGUACUUAAAGAAAAGAAAUCAAAGGAACUUUAAUAAGACCAUUAAGUAUGCUUGUCGCAAAACCCUAGCUGACCGCAGAGUUCGUGUCCGUGGAAGAUUUGCUAGAAACAAUGAAUUAAUUGGUGAAGAUGAAACUGGUAGCAAAAAGAAUGACAAUCCUCUCCAAGAAAAAGAAUCAUAUUUCAAUGAUGCCCUCCAGAUGAAGAAUAGUGAUGAUGAUGAUGAUUGGUUGCAAGAAGCAGUGGCUAGUUUAAUGUAUGUACCGUAUAUAGCUGGGUGACAUAAUUGUGGGUUUAUGCACAGAAGCUGGUUAAUCAAAGAAAACGAGGGUUUUGGGAUAUUUCACAACUCGCAAAGCUAUAUUAAUUUAUUUUGUGGAUUAUGUAACAGUCUAACCAAACCGAAGCUAGACGAUAGAGAUGGGUUUAUCAUAAUCUUUUGGGUUGUUUUCAUUUUUGAACUUUAGCACCAAAUCGAAGUUCAAAAGAGAAAAAGAUUCAUCUAAACAUCAUAUGAUUAUGAUCUCAUCAAUUCACUUUAAAUAUUUGUUGCUUCAGCAAUGGCAUGAAAGCUUUGGAACAAUUGUUGUAAUUAACGUUGUACAUGAUCACAUUGAA